CUACCGGUCCGAACGCCGGAAGCGUGUUCGUAGUUUUAGUUUCUGUUUUCUUGAGAAAGUAUUUAUCGUAAUAUUAUGUAGGCUAUAUAUAUUAAUAAUUGUAAUAAUUGAAUCGGGACAUCAUGAUCAUCGGUUGGUGCUUCAUCUGUGUGUUUGCAGUGCUGAUAAAUAAAGUGUGUCUGCAGGUCCCAGUAGAGGCUGUUAUUGGUGGUUCUGUUGUCCUGCUGUGUUCUUCAACUAAACCUGAUCUUAAACUUCAAGAUACUGAUGUGUACUGGAGACACAAUGACAGUGAGAUUGUGUGUGAUAUAAUUAAGGGUCAAGAUUUAGUCACAACACAGAACCAGCAGUACAAGAACAGAGUUAAAACUUUCCCUGAUGAGUAUAACAGAGGAAACUUCUCCAUCAAACUCAUCAAUCUCACUCACACAGAUGCAGGAGAGUUCAUCUGCCUCAUCUCACAAUCAUCUGAUUCAAAUCAGGAGACUGUACAGCUGAUCAUCAAGGAAUCAACAGUAGAAAAAGGAAAAAAUGACACUGAAAAAGAAAACCAAGGGCCAGACUGGACAAAGAUAUUGUUGAUCUGUUUAUUCACUGUAUUAACUAUAAUUGUGUCUAUAAUAGUGUAUUUCAAGUGUUGCAGAAAAAAAAAGAGCUCUCUCAUAUAGAAGGAACAGUGCUAUAGUGAAAGGUAAAGGUGCAUUAAGUGAUCUCUGAGAAACGCAGUUGAAAGUAGAUCAGACCGAGCACCAAAACACCUUGAAGCACCUUGAAAUGUGCUGUAUUAUUCAGUGUGUUACUGAAUGUGUUAUUCAGUGUGUUCUGUGGUUCUUCAUCCUUCAUCUUCUCCAUGGCAUAAAUGUUAUGCAGCCACCACAGGUGUUGUUCCUUUCCUUUCCUUUCCUUUCCUUUCCUUUCCUUUCCUUUCCUUUAAGAAUAA